UAAGCGCCACACACACACACCAUUCCACUCCGUCAUAGCACUGAACGGACUAUCACGGAUUCAAUUAGAUGCGUUCCAAAGAUUGUGAAUAUUAUUAUUUUUUUAUUUUCUCACAUUUGCUCAAUUUUUUUUUUAACACGAAAGGAGGCGCAAUUUCAAUGGAGAGCCUCAGUGAAGUUGACACACGAUGGGACAAGCAAACCGUGUGCGUUAUUCUAUCAGUGGGCGCUUUCAGCUAAACAGGUAGCAAGCCAAGCGGACUAUUUUACCGUAGGCUACCACCGACAACAAAAAAAAUACGACUGAUAUUGGAGCUACCGGUGAUGCAGAAUGACUGCAUGGUUCGAGGAACCCGCCGCUCGCCACUGAUCAGCUGAUUUUGUUUGUGGGAGAGGAGAAUCAGCCGCAGUCGACAUUAUAUGAUCGACUGAAGGGAGCAUCAACGCUUUUCAUGUAAAGUUCAAUGCCAAAAAAAAACGAACUGUGAAACGUUUAGAAAUAUAAUUCAUUAUUGUGUCUCUCCUCGCCGGUGCUGUUUUCUCUUUCCCUCACGGUCAACUGCCGUUAUAUCAGUAGAACCAAAAGGCAUUGCGCUUCACAGACUUGGACUUGAAGAAAUCUAACGGCUGCGAUCAAUACCGAUAUCUUUACCAACCGGAUUUAAAACAGGAUAUUCCAACUCUGAAUAGGAUUUGUAUCGAAUAGGAGAGGAGGCUUCUAUGCACAGCCGCAAUUUUGGGCAUUAGAAGAACGCGCAUUCCAAUUAUCUCGCGCACUAAAGGGGAUUUUCUUUUGGAUAACGGGUUGUCCGUGUGUGGAAACUGCCCCUUCUUCAAAUGCAAGAUUUCACCAAUCCAUCACUCUGACAGUCAACAUUGCAUUGAAAGAAGAAGAAGUGUUUAAAAUCCACAAGGUCUGAAACACUGUAACCACAGGACCGUUGUCACCAUGGAUCUAACAGACUUUUACUUGUUGGCUGCUCUCGUUGCCUGUUUUUGGAUGGACCCUUCUAUAGCCCAGGAAUUGAUCUAUCCUAUUAGAGAGGAACUGCAGGAAAACGUUCUCAUUGGAAACAUACCGAAGGACCUGAACGUCUCGCAUACAAACGCUGCUACCGGAGCUAGCGCUAACCUGGUCUACAGGCUGGUGUCUAAAGCCGGCGACAACCCUCUGCUCAGAGUGCAGAGCAGCACGGGAGAGAUAUUUACGACCUCCAAUCGCAUCGACAGGGAGAGGCUCUGUCCCGGCCCCUCGUUCGAGGAGAACGAAUGCUCCUUCGAGAUCGAGGUGGUGAUUUUACCCAACGACUACUUCAGAUUGAUAAAGAUUAAGAUCGUAGUCAAGGACACCAACGAUAAUGCUCCCAUGUUCCCGUCUCCCGUCAUCAACAUCUCCAUCCCGGAGAACACGCUGAUCAACAGUCGUUUCGCCAUCCCCUCCGCCACCGACCCCGACACCGGCCCCAACAGUGUACACAAGUACCAGCUGGUGAACGGGCAAAGCGCCUUCGGGUUGGACAUCGUAGAGACGCCCGAGGGGGAGAAGUGGCCGCAGCUCAUCGUUCAGCAGAACCUGGACAGGGAACAGAAGGACACGUACGUCAUGAAGAUCAAGGUGGAGGACGGCGGCAUGCCACAGAAAUCCAGCACCGCCAUCCUCCAAGUCACCGUCACAGACGUUAACGAUAACAAGCCGGUGUUCAGGGAGAACCAGAUCGAGGUCCACAUACCGGAGAACUCGCCAAUAGGGACGUCCGUAGUCCAGCUACAGGCUACGGACGCAGACGUCGGGGCGAAUGCCGAAAUCAAAUACAUGUUCGGGACGCAGGUGUCCCCAGCUACCAAGAGACUAUUUGCUUUAAACGGCACCACUGGCCUUAUAACUGUACAGCGACCCCUCGAUAGAGAGGAGACCGCCAUACACAAGUUAUCCGUGUUAGCGAGCGACGGCAGCUCCAGCCCAGCCAGAGCUACCGUAACUAUAAACGUGACGGACGUGAACGACAAUCCGCCAAACAUCGAUCUGAGAUAUAUCAUCAGUCCAAUAAACGGCACCGUGUUCCUCUCGGAGAAAGACCCAAUCAACACCAAGAUAGCUUUGAUCACCGUGUCGGACAAGGACACGGACGUCAACGGCAAGGUCAUCUGUUUCAUCGAGAAGGAUGUCCCCUUUCACCUCAAAGCGGUGUACGACAACCAGUAUCUACUAGAGACGUCGGCGCUGCUCGACUUUGAGGGGACCAAAGAGUACAACUUCAAAAUCAUAGCCUCCGACUCUGGCAAGCCGAGCUUGAACCAGACAGCGUUGGUAAGGGUGAGGCUGGAGGAUGAAAAUGACAACUCGCCGAUCUUCAGCCAUCCUGUCAUCGAGCUGGCCGUCGUGGAGAACAACAAACGCGAUCUCUUCCUCACGACUCUCAGCGCCACCGACGAGGACAGCGGGAAAAACGCGGAGAUCGUCUACCAACUGGGCCCUAACGCCUCGUUCUUUGACCUGGACCGUAAAACCGGUGUCCUCACGGCCUCCCGGGUUUUCGAUCGCGAGGACCAGGAUCGGUUCCUCUUCACGGUAACGGCCCGAGACAACGGGACGCCUCCACUCCAGAGCCAGGCGGCAGUCAUCGUGACAGUGCUCGACGAAAACGACAACAGCCCCAAGUUCACCCACAACCACUUCCAGUUCUUUGUGUCAGAGAACCUGCCCAAGUACAGCACGGUGGGUGUGAUAACUGUCACAGACUCAGACGCCGGGGAAAAUGCCGCCGUCACGCUUUCGAUACUCAGCGACAACGAGAACUUUAUCCUAGACCCGUACUCUGGAGUAAUAAAGUCCAACGUGUCCUUUGACCGGGAGCAGCAGAGCUCCUACACCUUCGACGUCCGGGCGGUGGAUAGCGGGCGGCCCCCAUGUUCCUCGGCCGCCAAGGUGACCAUCAAUGUCAUCGACGUAAACGACAACACCCCCAUCGUCAUCUACCCUCCUUCCAACACCUCCUUCAAACUGGUCCCCCUCUCGUCCAUCCCUGGAUCGGUGGUGGCCGAGGUCUUUGCUGUGGACGGUGACACAGGGAUGAACGCAGAGCUCAAGUACACCAUCGUUAGCGGCAACACCAAAGGUCUGUUCCGGAUCGACCCUGUGACAGGAAACAUUACCCUGGAGGAGAAGCCUGCUAUCUCCGACAUCGGCCUCCAUCGGCUGGUCGUGAACAUUAGCGACCUGGGCUACCCUAAGUCCCUGCACACCCUGGUGCUGGUGUUCCUCUACGUGAACGACACGGUCGGCAACGCCACGUUUAUCUACGACCUCAUUCGCCGCACCAUGGAGACGCCCCUGGACAGGAACAUCGGGGAGAGCAGUGAGACUUACCAGAGCGGAGAUUAUCUCACCAUCAUGAUCGCCAUCGUAGCCGGGGCGAUGGUGGUGAUUGUGGUGAUCUUCGUGACAGUCCUGGUGCGCUGCCGUCACACCUCGCGGUUCAAGGCGGCCCAGAGAAAGAAGCAGGGCGCUGAGUGGAUGUCUCCCAACCAGGAGAACAAGCAGAACAAGAAGAAGAAGCGUAAGAAAAGGAAGUCGCCUAAAAGCUCCCUCCUGAACUUUGUCACCAUCGAGGAGAACAAGCCGGACGACCCGGCUCACGAGCCCAUUAACGGCAACAUCAGCCUGCCUGCCGAGCUGGAGGAGCCUGGCCACUUUGACUGGAACGCUGCUCCAACGACCACCUUCAAGCCCUCCAGUCCAGACCUGGCAAGGCACUACAAGUCCGCCUCUCCGCAGUCCGCGUUCCACCUCAAAGCGGACACGCCGGUCUCCGUGAAGAAACACCACAUGAUUCAGGAGCUCCCUCUGGACAACACCUUCGUAGGGGGCUGUGAUACUCUCUCCAAGAGAUCCUCCACUAGUUCAGACCACUUCAGUGCCUCGGAGUGCAGUUCCCAGGGAGGAUUCAAGACUAAGGGAUCCGUACACCCGUCCAGACAGGGAACGCUAACAGGAACGUUAACCCGCGCCCGAACCGAACUGAACCCUGAGUACUUGGACCUCCGCUCCAGGGCCGAGCUCAACCCAGAAUACUGGACCCCAUGCACACCUCUAUCGCAGCGCCGCGUCACCUUUCACCUACCAGACGGUUCUCAGGAGAGCUGCAGUGACAGUGGGCUGGGGGACCACGAGCCCACGCUCCUCUCAUGCCCUCUCCCUCUGGUGCAGGGCCAGGCGCAGGAAGACUUCUACCAACAGGCCUCCUCGGACAAGAGGACCGAAGCCGACGGAAACUCUGACCCCAACUCUGAUGGCCCCCUGGGACCCAGAGGCCUAGUGGAAGCUACAGAGAUGUGUACCCAGGAGUGUUUGGUGCUUGGCCACUCUGACAACUGCUGGAUGCCCCCUACCCUCGGCUCCUACAGCCAGCCCAAGUCUCCAGUGUCCAACUUCGCCACCCAGAAAGAGUGGGCCAAAGAGAAACUGCUCAACGGCCAUACUACGUUGACCCGGACCUGGAAGACCGAUAGUGGGCGGGACCAGUUUUGUGACAAGAAGCAAUUUGGCAGCGGGGAGGGACACUUCAGCACCAGUGGCCACAUGGCUGACAUCCCAUUGGCUAGUUUGAAAUCCUACCAGCCUACCACUGGCCCAGACUCUUCGAAGGAACACCAGCUAUAAAAGGAGCUCUGAUUGGAGGCAGCCAAUCUAAACAGGGCUGCGAUUGGAUAAUCUGAACAGGACAGAUGACGCAAGUUUCAAGAGUUUUUUUUUUCUAUCUUUUUUUUCUUUCUUGUUCGUACUAUUUGAUUUAAGUCGAUGCUUGUGCUAUGUGAUAGUUACAUGUGCUACGUAGGCCACUAGACUAGUACUGAUGCAGUGUACUCUACAAUUCAACUUUUUUGGCGUUGGAUGGAUAGACGGCGCAAGAGAACGUCUUUUGGGAUUCCCUUUUGAUGGACGAAGCCCCGCCCCCAUAAACAUAAACAUUUCCUCAUCACACUCUGAUGGCUGGGAAAAAAGGGCGGUCGAAUCCACCUGGGAAACAGGAAGAACACGAUCCAGGCCACCUGGGAAAAAAAAACGGAAGAAUACCUUAAACAGGAAUUCAUAUACUCAACAGAAAAAUAUAAAAAAUGAUCAACAAUAUUAUGUCUGACCAAUAUAUUCCAAUAUUGUGACGUGGUUGUUAUUGAGUUUGUUUGAGACUAUAUUAAUCUACACAAUCAAAGAAAAACGGAGUUACAGGCUACGCCGAAAAUAGUACCCUAUUACCUAUUUAGUGCACUACUUUUAACCAAGGUCCUAAGGCUUGGGCAAAAGUAGUGCACUACAUAGGGGAAUAGGGUGCGAUUUGGGACGUAAUUAGCCCCCCCCACACACACACACACAAACACAAUUCCAGUAUAGGAAGGCGUGCGUCGUUCUGAUUGAUAACACUGUUAGUGAACACUUGUCUAGUCUGUCAAUAGUCUGUGUGUUUUGUAAAUAGGACGUGUGAUACUAACCCAGUUGAUGUAAUACUGCCAUGGAUCUAGAACUCCCCUUAUGACAUCACAUGGAUCUAGAACUCCCCUUAUGACAUCACAUGGAUCUAGAACUCCCCUUAUGACAUCACAUGGAUCUAGAACUCCCCUUAUGACAUCGCAUGGAUCUAGAACUCCCCUUAUGACAUCACAUGGAUCUAGAACUCCCCUUAUGACAUCACAUGGAUCUAGAACUCCCCUUCUGACAUCACAUGGAUCUAGAACUCCCCUUAUGACAUCACAUGGAUCUAGAACUCCCCUUAUGACAUCACAUGGAUCUAGAACAGCGAUCCGUGGCGUUCCCCUUAUGACAUCACAUGGAUCUAGAACGACGAUUGUGGCGGUCCCCUUAUGACAUCACAUGGAUCUAAAACGCCGAUCCAUGGCAGUCCCCUUAUGACAUCACAAUAUGGUUUCCAAUGGCAUCUUAUCACCUAUACAGUGCUGCUUCUGACCAGGAAGUAUACUAAUAGGGAGCAGUGUGCCAUUUAGGAUGUGCCCUAUACAUUUUGGCUUUCAAUCUUUUUGUUAAAAGAAAGGCGUGGGGGGGGGGCAUAUUGGAAAUCUAAAAUAAUAAUUCACAUACUCAUAUAAGGCCUGUUGUGUUGGGGGUAUUACGGAAAACACAUAUUCAACCGUUACAAAAUGAUGCACAAUGUUGACCCAAAGUCUGAUUUCCUUUCAUUCAACUACUAUGGCAAACGUAUUUUUUCAAAAUAAAUUUUGUAUCAUGGACGUAUAACGCUUGAUUUUUACAUGAUGGGAAACAAAAAGAUUGCAAACUUUUCCGCAGAAAAAAAAAUUAAAAUUAUAAUUAUAAAAAAAACAACUAAUGUUACUAUUCAACAGCAAUAUAUUUGUAAAUGAGCUAUAUGUGUUUGAUCUAACUUUGACUCAUUAUUUGUACAACAUUUGAUUAAAAUUGUGAUUAGUUGAGUACAAUUGAAUAGUAGUACUACAACCUAAAUUCAUUUUUGUUGUCCAUAUACGACCACUUUGUGUCCUGUGCCUUCAUAACGUUAUACCAAGCAUUGUAUUUAAUUAUUAUUUAAAUGAUUAGAAAAUAUGCAUUGAUGUCUG